CAGGUUCCGCCCGCUGCCCAGGCCUCGGUCUCCGGGUCCGCGCGCCGCUCCAUCGCUCGGGCGCGCGGCGGAAGAUGGCGGAGUCCGGCGGCAGCAGCGGCUCUGGCCAGAGCCCCGAGCGCCCGAGCAGCUUGGCUGACAGGAAUGGGGCCCUCAAGUGCACCUUCUCUGCGGCUGGCCAUAGCACUGGCCUCCUGCAGGGCCUGGCUGCCCUCCGUGCACAGGGCCAGCUGCUCGAUGUGGUCCUCACUGUCAACAGUGAAGCCUUCCAUGCACACAAGGUGGUCUUGGCGGCCUGCAGUGACUACUUUAGGGCCAUGUUCACUGGCGGCAUGCGUGAGGCCAGCCAGGCCGUCAUCCAGCUGCAGGGUGUGUCUGCACGUGGCCUGCGUCACAUCAUCGAUUUCGCCUACAGUGCUGAGGUAACACUGGACCUAGACUGUGUGCAGGAUGUGCUGGGUGCUGCCGUGUUUCUGCAGAUGCUGCCGGUGGUGGAGCUGUGCGAGGACUUCCUAAAAGCUGCCAUGAGCGUAGAGACGUGCCUGCACAUUGGCCAGAUGGCUACCACCUUCAGCCUGACAUCACUUCGUGAGUCAGUAGAUGCCUUCACAUUCCGCCACUUUCUGCAGAUAGCAGCAGAGGAGGACUUUCUGCGCCUGCCACUCGAGCGCCUUGUCUUCUUUCUGCAGAGCAACCGGCUACAGAGUUGUGCAGAGAUUGACCUGUUCCGUGCUGCUGUGCGCUGGCUGCAGCACGAUCCGGCCCGCCGUGCCCGCGCCAGCCUCGUGCUACGCCAUGUGCGCUUCCCGCUCAUGCAGCCUGCUGAGCUGGUGGACAGUGUGCAGACACUCGACGUCAUGCUGGACGAUGCCCUGUGUCGCCAGUACCUGCUGGAGGCCUUCAGCUACCACGUGCUGCCCUGCCGCCAGCAUGACAUGCAGUCUCCACGCACAGCUGUGCGCUCCGAUGUGGCGUCCCUGGUGGCCUUCGGAGGCACACCGUAUACCGACAGUGACCGAGCUGUCAGCAGCAAGGUGUUCCAGUUGCCUGAGCCUGGGGCCCGCCACUUCCGCGAGCUCACGGAGAUGGAACUGGGCUGCAGCCACGCGGGCGUGGCUGUGCUGGAUAACUUCGUGUACGUGGCUGGCGGCCAGCACCUGCAGCACCGCAGUGGCGAGGGCGCCGUGGACGCCUGCUACCGCUAUGAUCCACAGCGCAAUCGCUGGCUGCGGCUGCGGGCACUGCGUGAGAGCCGCGUACAGUUCCAGCUCACUGCACUGGGUGGGCUGCUGUAUGCCACUGGUGGCCGCAAUCGUGCGGGCAGCCUGGCGUCUGUCGAGCGCUACUGCCCACGCCGCGACAGCUGGGACUUUGCCUGCCCACUCAAGCGCCGCACCUGGGGCCACGCGGGGGCUGCGGCUGCUGGUCGCCUCUACAUCUCGGGUGGCUAUGGCGUCUCAGCGGAGGACAAGAAGGCACUGCAGUGCUAUGAUCCAGCAGCCGACCGAUGGGAACCCAGGGCGCCCAUGCGUGAGCCCCGCGUGCUGCACGCUAUGUUGGGCGCUGCUGGCCGCAUCUAUGCCCUAGGUGGCCGCAUGGACCACGUGGACCGCUGCUUUGAUGUGUUGGCUGUGGAGUACUACGUGCCAGAUGCUGACCAGUGGACCAGUGUGACCCCCAUGCGUGCUGGUCAGUCAGAAGCUGGCUGCUGCCUGCUGGAGAGGAAGAUCUACAUUGUGGGUGGCUACAACUGGAGGCUGAACAAUGUCACAGGCAUUGUGCAGGUGUACAACACUGAGACGGAUGAGUGGGAGAGAGACCUGCACUUCCCCGAGUCCUUUGCAGGCAUUGCCUGUGCUGCUGUCCUGCUGCCCCGCUCAGGUCAUGGGAGGUAGCGCGGGAUCCCGGCCUGGCUGUGUUCCCCACAGGUGUAGACCCCGGCUAGGGGCUCCCCACCUCCCAGCCCCAAGUCAGCAGAGAGAUCUGGUCCCAAAGGUUUGGGCACCAUGGCAGCCGUUGCCUAAGGGAAGACCUGCUCUGUCCUGUGUUGUUAGGUCUUGAUUUCCCACAACCCUAGCCCAACAGACAGAAGCUUGUAGAUGUAAAGCACCCAGUCCUGGGAGAAACAGCUCUCCCUGUCUCCUGACUGAAAUCUUCUGUCCAAAUCCUAGCCUGGAUUUCCCCAUGGGAUCCACAGGCAGAGAGAGACUGCUCAGACUUACCCUCUGAACUCCAUGCAGGCACCAUGGAACACUCAUGCACGCACACAAUCAAAUGAGCAAGGUUGUAAAUCAGCUCUCGGGUGCCUGGACAGCAUUCAGGAGCCAGGAGCCAGAGAGUUUCCCAGAGGCACCCUGACAGGUGACAGAUGCAGCCAAGCUCCCUGUCUGCCUUGACUUGUGGACUCCGGAGCAUCCCAAAGAGGCUCCCUGUCCAGUUAACCCAGCAUUCUUUUUUUUUUUUUUUUUUUUUUUUUUUCCGGAGCUGGGGACCGAACCCAGGGCCUUGCGCUUCCUAGGUAAGCGCUCUACCACUGAGCUAAAUCCCCAGCCCCUAUAACCCAGCAUUCUUUGCCUGUGCCAUCCACUUGUAGAAGAACACCAAGCCAAGUGUGGCCUGUUCGGUACUCUGGAGGCUAAUGAGGGAGGGUCAUUGUGAGUCCCUGGCCAGCCAGGGCCUCAAAAUAAGACUGUCUCAAAGCCCCAAAACAUCGAGGAAAUCCACAGAAACCAAAAGCAGAGGAAACACGAAAGCCACCUCAGGUGAGGUAGCCUGUCAGAUGGCCUGGGAGGAGAGCCAGCCGGGUGCCCAUCUCCUAUGUUCGCUGCAGAAAGCCAUGUCCCCAGGUCUGGCCCACCCAGGGUGGGGUGGUGGGAAGUGCUAUGACAGCAUGAACCCCAGCAGCCUCCCAAGAUGGCAGCCUGCUGUUUUGCUGUUUAAACCCUGAACUCUCACCCUCAUGUUUUCUUUGUUUCUUAUUUAAGGAAGCCAGCCCCACUGUCUUCCAAAUGAGAGUGUUCUCUGGUGAUCUAAACUGUCCCCUGCUGCUCACAGACGCGGAUGUCACCAUUGUGCGGCCGCUCGGCACAUGAGUAAUUAACCCUAGUCCUUUGCCUCAGCCUCUGCUGACAAGUCCUUUGAUUUAAUAAAGGCGUUAUGGAGGAAGGAUGGAGCAGACCUGGUGUUCAGUCCCUGCAGCCUGUGUGACCUCGGGCUUAGGGGGCCCCUCUCUAUCUCCUUUUCUCCAACCUCCCUGCUGAACAGGGAGCUGCAGGGCUGCUGCGUGUCUGGGCUGGGCUUAGGGGCCAGGCUUGUUGGGCAGCCUAGAAGAGGAGUACACAGGAGGCCGUGGAGGGACCUCUUCAUAGGAGGCUACAGCCCCCAGGAGCUACAGUCUCUGCUCAGUCAUACCCCCCAACUGCAGAUAAGCUUCUGAGGCCAUGGUUGGUCAGUCAGCAGACCUGUCUCCAUUCUCCCAGAGGCUUCCCCUGUCGGGGAGGGGGUGACCUUCAGGAUCCUUGCCCUAGCCCAGCACAGGAUCACAGUUGGGGACAAGUGACUGACACUCAGAACAGUUCACUAAGAAGACUUAUGUUGUCCCCUCCACCUCAUCCCAAGAUCACUUCCCUGCUAUUCCAGCCACCUCCUCAGUAAGGCUCAGGUGGUGGCUACUAAAAUCCGAACUGAUCUAUAGCCCAGGCUGCCAGGGCUCCAAGCAACCCACGGAGACAUUCUAGCUGCCUUCUGCAGAGGGGCAGGGUGAAGUGUCUGCCAGCCACAAGUCCCCCAGAUCACAUAGCACCUCACAACAUCUUGUCCC